GGGACAACGGUCGUAGCCGAGUGGGAGCGAGCGAGAGGUGGGUAUCGGCGUUACCCCCACCACGGGGGUGAAAACUACCCCGAGAGCGCGUGGGGUGUCCGGCCUCGGCGCCGAGGCGAACCGAGCGCGUCCGAAGCGAGCGCAGUGCCCGACACACCAGGUCCCGCACGGCACGACUAGGCGCACCGUCCGGCACAGUCCACUCAGAGAUACGACCCAUGCUGGACCAUCGUCGCUCUGGUCCACGCCGGCAUCAGGCAUCCAGCAUCCGCGCGUCAACCGACACGAGGAGACACCGUGAGCAGGACCACGGGCAGGACACGCGACGCACGGCCGGGUCAGAGGCCAGAGGUGACACUGUCAGGACGCGGGACCAGCGACGUCGUCCGCGUUGACGCUCUCGGAGAUGCAUGACGGACGACGAUAAGACAGCUACCCGUCCUCUAUCCCAGCCGACCGUUCGCAAGAAAGAAACUUCCAGUGUGUUGGACCUAGAAGCAGGACAGUCGAGGACUCUUUUGUUUUAGCUCCUUCAGUUCUCGUUCGGUUGUAGUUCGACUUGGUUCGUUCGGUAUUUGUCUGGUGAAACACGGUGAGAACAGUGACGAACGUGAAGGGAUAUGUACCGUGCAUGUGACGAUAGCGACGGCCAGUGACGCAUGACAUGAGAUUCGUGAACGGUGCUCGGAAGGAUACUUUGUCCGAUGGUCAUCGUUAGGUUGCUUUGAACAGGGAGACUGUGGGGUUCGCGUAGGGACCGGCGACGCGACCGGCGGCCGGCGAAGCACCUGUGCACGCGGACUGUUAUCCCGAGGAUCGAGCCGCAGGGCCCUGGUGUCGUGUAUGUGCACCGCGCCGCGUGCCCGAGUCCCUUUCGAUUCCCGUGUGCCGGACGAUCGGGGAACAUGAGGACGAGCAUUAGUUGACGAAGAAGUGCGUACCGGCCGACUGUUAGUACCGUGGUCGCAGCCGCGGCCAGGUGUGCAUCGGGAGACAAUUAGAGCAGCUAGGCAUCGGGUAGGUGGUCAGCUACCAGGGGGGUUUAGCGUUUUAUAUUCGUGUAGUCGUCCGGUAAGUGACUUCGUUUCAAAGUUCGUCAAAAGUGGAAAUAUAGUUGGAAAGUUGGAUGGACUUGACGGUGAAGAUCGUGAGGCGGAGGUGAGGGGGAGGAGGGAAGAAGCGUGACGAUCGUCCUGUCUCGAUUCCAGGGUCGAAGGACACUGUCUUCUUCUUCUUCUUGAUAAUCGCCUCCCUCCCCUUUUUCUUCACGCCUCCAAUUUGCCGGUGACUAAAAGGGAACGAGAGGAAAGGAAAUCGCGAGAGGAAUCAUCAUCAGCCACGAGGACCGCUCCACACUUCCUUUAAUCGUCCCUUCCGUCCUGGACCCACGGAGGAUACGUGAUCGUGUUUCGAGACGUGCGACGCGCCGCGACGAUCCAGAAAAACGUCACCAUGAGGAUCAAAAUGCCCGCGGUCAGGAUCGCGCAAGCGGAAACCUCUCAAGGUACCACAUCCCCAGACACCGUCCAAUGCGGGGGUUGCAGAGCGUCCUACCCCCUCGGCGAGAUCGUGCGGUUCAUCGAGCACAAGGUCAACCACUGUCGCAGCACGCUUCAGGGUUGCCACAGUCCACCGGCGACGGCGGCUCCGGAGGAUUCCGACCCGGAGGACGCGCUAGCCUUGAAGGCUGCCGAUCAGGACUCGAAGCUGAACUCAGUGCCCAGCAUAUCCGCCCCUAUCAACAAACGAGGCGGCGGCAGGCUGGAGAGUCCUCCGACGCCACAGGGCUCGGGGCCGGAUGCUGGAAGUCCGAUCGAGCUGAAAGCCAGCGCCAGCUCGACGCCCAAAAGACGGACAGAAACUUCCGACGAGGAUAAAGAGGACCUUCCGAAGAAGCAGAAGAUCGAGUCUGUGGACGCGGACACGAACACAGUCAAUUCCGAACCGAGAUGGCUGCAGUGUUCCCAGUGCUCCAGAAGACUGUCGUCGGCGUGGGAGCUGCUGCAGCACGUGCAGAGCGUCCACGGCGCCAGGCUGUACACGUCCCCGUCCUCGUCCACGAACUCCUCGUCGAACACGCCGGCACCGAGCCCGCCGACGCCCACGCCGACCCACGCCCACCACCUGAGCCCGCCGAACCACCUGAACCUCAGCGCUAAGUCGACGGGUAGCUCGUCCGCAGCGAACUCUUCUGGCGGCACGAACUCCAGCGGUAGCAGUGGCGGCCGGCAGCAGCUCCAGUCCUCCGCGUCUCUAGUCGGCGAUCCUCUUCACAGCUUCCUCAGGCUGCCGCAACACCUGGAGCGUAGCUUCCCGCCAAUGUUCAGGCCAGAUUUUCUGGCACUGAACCCUCUGGCUGGAUACAGAGGCCUACAAGAGCUUCAAACUGCGACCAGGAACCUUCAGAACCUGGGCGAUCCUCUAAGAGGAAUGGACGGCUUGAAUCUCGGGGAUCCUUUAGUUCGUAGCUCUCUGGACUCGCUGAACAAUGCCCGCAACCUAGCCAACCUGGCCGAGCUGUCGCACGGUCGAGGUUUAGCCGGCCAGGCGCAUCCUCCUCCGCUUGAGGCCAACCUGGAUUUUUACUCGGCGCGCCUAAGGAGCCUCGCUAAUCCGUCCUUAGGCGCGGCUCCACCAAGUAGCGGGAAUACUAAUACGAAUCCCAAUCCCCCUGCCCCGGUACCGGCGGUACCAGUGCCAAGUACCGUCCAGCAGCAGCAACAGCAGCAACAACAGCAACAACAGCAACAGCAACAACAGCAGCAACAGCAGACGACGCAGAACCAUAGCCAAUCUGUGGAGUCACCUAGCCCGGCGACCAACAAUACUACUAUCAUAGCGCACGCUAAUCAUCAGAAGGAAAAUUCGCCGCCCUGCUACAACCAGAGCCCGAUUGGUCAUCAUAAUAAUAACAACUCGACCGAUAGUGAGAAAACUAGCCCACCGGUUGCCUCCACGCCGAUCAUCGCUGACUCCGCGUCGGAGACGAUUUACACGUGCGAGAUGUGCGACAAGAAGUUCCGGUUCCAGACGAAUCUGAACGUUCAUCGACGAAGUCACCGGGACAAGGAGAGACAGUACCAUCAAGACACCCCGAAGGAUGGUCAAACGACGCCUACCAGAUGUGAAGUCUGCGAAGUGGAGGUAGCUAAUUUCGCGGAGCUCAGGAAGCACAUGAGGAAGGAGCAUCAGGAGAAUCUAAACGCUGCCAGUCCUCAAGGCAGUGUGGAGACUGCUCCUGAUGAUGGCUCCAGCUGUGAUGAGAAUAUGGACUUAGACGAGGCCGAGGAGAUCGAGCCAAAGGUUAAGAGAGAGGACGCGGAGGAAAACACUCCGGAGGAUUUGAGCACCACGCAAGGCCAGAACGGAGAGGAGAGCGGCGGCAGGGUCGACCAGAAACCAGUCAGCCUGGUGGGUGACUUGAUGGAAAAGUUCGGAUUGAGCAACAUCGCGCAAUACUCGGAAGCGUACCGACAGGCGUUGCAGGAGAACCAUCGCGGCGUGUUCAUCAAGACCGAGUCUCCGUCGAACCUGACCAACUCGCUGAACAAUAACAAGGAGAAAGACAGCGCGCUCUCGCCCACGAACUUCAAUUCCUCAACCACGCCCAACAUAUUCUCGGGUCAGGGUUUUCCCAGGUCUUCGGGCCCCGACUUUGGUGGCCUUUGGCUGCCGAGUCCUCAUUACCUGGAGAACAACGAGUUCCGCAAAGCGACCAAGGCUACCACUUCCAGCCUGGCUCUGCCGGGCCUACCCAGCCCGUUGCUGAAGAAGGAACGCAGCGGUAGGAACGACACCUGCGAGUACUGCGGCAAGGUGUUCAAGAAUUGCUCCAACCUGACGGUACACAGGAGGUCGCACACCGGCGAGAAACCUUACAAGUGCGAGUUGUGCUCGUACGCGUGCGCGCAGAGCUCGAAGCUGACGAGGCACAUGAAGACGCACGGCCGCCACGGCAAGGACACGUACAAGUGCCGGUUCUGCGAGAUGCCGUUCUCCGUGCCCAGCACGCUGGAGAAGCACAUGAGGAAGUGCGUGGUGGUCGUGCAACAGGGCCCGAAGCUCGGCAUGCCGUAUCCCGGUAGCCAGGACGAGGACUCCUCCUUGAGCACUAAGGAUACUUGAUCUUGGAACGGAAGCCUACCGCCGAUCCCGCCACUGUGGCCCCACAGGCCGCCCUACCCGGUGUACUGAACAGGGGAUCUUCUUCCUCGGGAGAGCGUGAAGAGCAGAACCAGAGAAAAGAAGAUGGAACAAUGUUCGUGUCCGAUGAAAGUCGAACUCAAACGAAUGAGAGGAUGAUCAGGAAGCAUGCACUGCGGAGAAUCUCCCUGGAUAGAGUCCACGGUCGCCUCUCAGGUUUAGGAGAGGUGGUAGGUCGGCGAGCAAACAGCCGAUCGGGGGACCUGGAAACGGUCCCAGCGAGGAGUAGAGAUGAGACCCUUAAGGAGAUUCCGAGAAGGGUCGUUCUAAUCACGUGAACCGUAUGAGUACGGUUGAAGGGUGGGGAAGGAUGACGAUCCAACCCCGAGUUCAUAAAUUCAACUAGAAGAGAAAACGAAUGGUUACCACUUUGCGAGUCUCAGCACAGUUAUUUAAAGUAUAUCCUUAUAAAUAGUUAUAAAUAAAGACACUAUAAAUAUGCAUAUAUAUAUAUAUAAAAAAUAAAAAUAUAUAUAUAUAUAAAUAUAUAAAUAUGAGAUCUAAAAUGGAAAUUAUACAGAAUAUAAAUAUUAUACAUAGGAUAAUGAACAUAGUGACUUUAUUAUCGCAUUUGAAGAUUAUUUAUUUAAUGAUAAAUAUAUUAUUGCAUACCGUACGACGUGAUUUAGCUGUGCGAACACGCGCGCGACGUAUGUCGCUGUGUACGCACAGAUGAAUUACGUUGUACGGUAUGAAGACCUGCAACCACUCUGUAUGUAUUAGAGACAAAUGGGGAGAAAAAGACACGAAGUGGGUAAAGGAAAAAACGAACUUUUUGUACAUUAUUACACCGACACGAGACGUCGCUGCGCGUCGAUUGACGUCGACACGACACUCUUUCUUCGUCUUUCUUUUCUCCUGUUUUUCUUUCCUUUCUCGUUUCCUUCUUUAUACGAAUAAAGAAAACACGUUCCCCUCUCGCGGUCGGGAGGAGAACAAUCGGCGACUCCGACGAUCCUGUGUGUAUAUAUUAUACAUUCGACACAUCGACACCACUGGCGCUUCAGUUAUCGACGGAUUAGGAUACCGGGAGUGCUCGGGUGGUUCGUUUAAACGUGUAAAGGGAUAAAAAUGCUGCGUUUUAGAUAUUAAGACUCUAGCUCGAUCCUAUGUAAAAUGUAUCAUAGUACAUUUAUUGACUUCAUUGUCCACUAUUAAUUAUUACUACCAUUUCUAUUAUUGCCUAUUAAUAUUAUUCAUUAUUAUUAUUAUUAUUAUUGUCAUUAUUACUAUUAUUAUUGACUAUUAUUAUUACCAUCAUUAUUAUUAUUAUUAUUGCUAUUAUUCAUUGCCACUAUUAUUAACGCGGUUCGCAGCGACUGCGAACGCCGUCUUCAUUAUUUUAUCCCGAUAUUAAAUUAUUAUCGAAAGCUGUUUUAAAUGGUUAAGAAGAUGCCAAAGUUGUUUAGGUUUAUCGUCGCGCGGCCGGUGUCCGUCGAUCCCGUGAUUUUCGGUCGCCUCGCGCCGGUGCCGUUACCAGUGUAACGUUAAACGAAACAAUUCAAAUCGAGGAAGUAAAAUCGAAUAAAUUCGUGAUGUUCCAGCGAAGCGGGUUAUAAACGAACAAAAAGAAAAAAACACGGUUUCACAUUUCGGUGGGAACGAAAUUGAUCGAUUCGCGGUGGCGCGAAAAUCAUCGUCGACGGUCACCGUCGCGGAUCAAAGCCGACGCCUAUCGUUAUAAGCGCGUUUGUUCGUUGGUUAUAUUUAUUGCCCGUGAUGUGGCCGCGGCACGGCUUUCGCCGGAUCGAGGCGAGCCCGUUGAUCCAGCGAAAAUCGUCGAGUCCUGCCACGAGGCGCACACACCGCCUGACGGUUGGUUGACGAUUAUUAUUAAUUAUUACUAUUAUUUUUUUUUCUGUUCUUUCUUUUUGCCCAAGACUGAGGUAAGAACGGCGGGCCGCGAGCUGAUCGUCGUCCCAACGGAUAUCGAUCACAUUAUGUUUUUAUUUCACACCUUUCUUUGCGUUCCAUUAACGUGUAGUUUCCGUUCAUUAUUAUGAUUAUUAAUAUUAUUAUUAUUACUAUUAUUAUUAUUAUGAAUAUUAUUAAUAUUAUCAUUUUUCUUUUCUUCUACCUUCUACUUUCCUUCCGUUCGUCCUGAAACGCCUCGUUGUAAACGUUUUCGAAGGGGACUGUUCCUAAAAAAAAAAUGAUCUAGGCAAUAAGGUAAUUACUUUACGGAGACCGAACGACGAA